GUACUCGUCUUUUGUUUAUGCCUCUCAGGUGGAGGAAGCCUUGACCAUCAAAAAUACAGAUAUUGCCAAAGAGCUCUGCCUCCCUCCUGUGAAACUGCACUGCUCCAUGCUGGCUGAAGAUGCAAUCAAGGCCGCCCUGGCUGAUUACAAACUGAAACAAGAACCUAAGAAAGGAGAGGCAGAGAAGUGAGCCUAUGAUGAAGCCUCCAGCAGGUCACAUCAUCUUUUGGCCCAUCCGUCACGCAGUCACCUUAGAUGUUCAGAAGCCCCUCGCACUGCAUAGAAGAGCUACAAGAUACGCACAGUAUUUGCUAUUCACAUUGUGACUCUAAUGCAAGCAAAAUACAAAGUUUAAUUGUUCUGAAUCCUGUGGUUUCUUUCAGCUCACUUUUAUCGCCUUAAUCUAGUUAAUGUAUAUUUUGAUUGUGUAUAUGAUCUCAGAACGGAAAUUGAUAAUGAAGUCUCAAGUUUUGAUAGCCCAUGAAAUGCAUAAAUAUCUAAUUUUACAUGGAGUGAUUUUGGGGAAGAUUACCAAUAAAAUGCCUUGGUCUGAUUA